AUGACACGAUACGGCGCCGCAGCAGACGCCGAGUCUUCCGGCAUGGGCUCUGAUAUCGAGGCCAAUGGUGAUGGAUACUUCCACCAUGACCGUAUCAUUGACGAUGACGCCGAAGCCGACGAGACAACAUCGCUGUUGCAAAACAACGACUUGCCAGCCGACAUUGCGCCCUCCAAGGGAUUCCGCCGCCUCGUCGUGGCAAUGUGCGUGCUGUUUCUCUUCAUCGCCGAGGUCAGCCAGUACAUCCUCAACCCUCCCAUGGAGCAGAUCAUGGAGGACGUCAUAUGUCGGCGUUACCACCCGGACCACAUGAUAGCGAUGCCCCAGCUUCACGAUGACCGGUGCAAGGAUACAGAAGUGCAAAAGACGCUGGCCAUGGUGCGGUCGUGGAGCACGUCUCUCGAUAUGCUACUUCCGCUUUGCGUGCAAAUUUCCUUUGGAGUCGUUGCUGACAAGUAUGGCCGUCGUCUUGUCAUAUUUCUCUCACUCUUUGGCUGUCUCCUCGAGCAAGCUUGGGUAACCGUUGUCCUCUUCUUCCCCGAUACUUUCCCCAUCUGGAGCAUACUGUAUGGCAGCAUCUUUCUCCUGAUUGGUGGCGGCGGCCAGAUGGUCGUGGCCAUGAUUUCGACUGUCGUUGCCGACGUCGUUCCCGUGUCAGAGAGAACCGGCACAUUUUACCUGAUAUAUGCCAUGAAUCUUUGCAUCUCCAUCGCCGUCAACCCUCUCGCUGCAUUCCUCCUAAGCAUUGACCCUUGGCUUGCAAUGUGGAUCGGAAACAUCGUGCUCACUAUUGGCGUGCUAUCGUCUGCUCUCAUCCCAGAGACGCUCAAGUUUCGCCAGGCGGCCGACAACAAGCGCCGUAGCCAAGAUGGUUCAUCUGCCGCUCAGCAAGAAUCACAGCUUCCAUCGAAGCAGUUCCCUAGUGCGAGAGAACUAGCGCAGCGCGCGUUGUUUUCGGCCAAGAACGACGUGUCUCACGUAUGGCGGUUCAUCUUCACGUCUAAGACGGUCGUACUGCUGUUGCUCGCCUAUGGCCCAUUCUAUCUCAUCAAGUUGACGUUUGUUCUGGACAUUUUGCAGUACAUGACUCGCCGCUUCAACUGGGAGUGGUCAACUGCAACAUACGUCAACACAGUCAGCAGUCUGGCGGGAGUCUUCACCUUGCUGGUGCUGCUGCCACUCUCGUCGUCUGUUUUGACCAAACAAUUCCACUUUGAUUCCAUCAAGCGAGAUCUAUUCCUGGCCCGCGCCUCCAUCGUCAUAUUCAUCGUCGGCAGCCUGUUCACCGCCCUAGCACCAGUGCCGUGGCUGUUUGUCAUCGCCAUGGUCAUCACCAACAUUGGUGUGGGCGUCAGCUCCCUGUGCCGAGCGCUGCUCAAUGCCGUCGUGGAGCCGCAUACAGUGGCCACGCUGAAUACGACGAUGUCUACCAUGGAGACGCUCGUGGGCUUUUUGGGCGCUCCGGUCAUGGGAUGGCUGCUGAGUCGUGGCAUGGAGCUGGGCGGCGUGUGGAUGGGGCUGCCCUAUUUGGCGACCACUUUACUGGGAGUCGCAGUCAUGACGGCACUCGCUGUCCUCUACGACAACUCUUUGUUCAGAAGACACUCUUCCUCUGUCUCGUUACGCUUCGAUCACAACCAUACAAUCGGCGCAAUGUCUGACGACGAGGAUUUCAUGCAAGAGUCCGAUGAGGAACAAUAUGACUUCGAAUACGAAGAAGACGACGACGAGCAGGAGGCUGGCGAUGUCGAUAUCGAGAACAAAUACUACAACGCGAAGCAGCUGAAGCUCAGCGACCCCCAAGACGCCAUUGCGGAGUUUCUCGGGAUACCGCCUCUGGAGCCGGAAAAGGGCGAAUGGGGAUUCAAGGGCUUGAAGCAGGCCAUCAAGCUGGAAUUCAAGCUGGGGCAAUACGACCAAGCGGCCGAACACUUCGCCGAGCUGCUCACAUACGUCAAAUCGGCCGUGACGAGAAACUACUCGGAAAAGUCAAUCAACAACAUGCUCGACUACAUCGAAAAAGGCUCCGACGAGUCAGCAGCCGUGGAAAGCAUCGAGAAAUUCUACUCCCUCACCCUUCAGAGCUUCCAGAGCACGAAUAACGAGCGGCUGUGGCUGAAGACGAACAUAAAGCUGGCCAAACUCUUGUUGGAUCGCAAAGAAUACUCUGCAGUGUCCAAGAAACUUAGAGAGCUUCACAAGGCCUGCCAGCGCCCCGAUGGCAGCGAUGACCCAGGCAAGGGAACUUAUUCGCUGGAGAUUUACGCCCUGGAGAUUCAGAUGCUGGCUGAGACGAGAAACAACAAGCAGCUCAAGACGCUCUAUAACCGUGCGCUCAAGGUCAAGUCGGCCGUGCCGCAUCCCCGCAUCAUGGGUAUCAUCCGUGAAUGCGGCGGCAAAAUGCACAUGAGCGAGGAGAACUGGAAGGAGGCGCAGAGCGACUUUUUUGAAUCAUUCCGCAACUACGACGAGGCAGGAUCACUACAGCGGAUCCAAGUUCUCAAGUAUCUGCUUCUCACCACCAUGCUGAUGAAGUCAAACAUCAACCCGUUUGACUCGCAGGAGACAAAGCCCUACAAGACCGAUCCUCGCAUCUCCGCCAUGACGGAGCUUGUCGACGCAUACCAGCGGGACGAUGUUCACGGGUAUGAGAAGGCGUUGCGAAACAACCAGGACAUUCUAGCAGAUCCUUUUAUCGCAGAGAACAUUGAUGAAGUCACUCGCAACAUACGGACCAAGGGUGUUUUGAAACUCAUUGCGCCUUACACACGCAUGAAGCUGUCAUGGAUCGCCAAGCAGCUGCGAAUAUCAGAGCCAGAGGUGCAAGAUAUCCUUAGUUUUCUCAUUAUUGAUGGCAAGAUCAAGGGAUCGGUCAACCAGCAGGCAGGCAUACUAGAGAUCACAUCUGCUGCCGACAUUAGCAGGAUCCAGGCGCUCGAUAGCCUAACCACAUCCAUUCACGAGUUAUUCGGGGCCGUGUUCAGAGAGGGCGAGGGCUUCCGGAACGAGCAUUCCUCUUUUGAAGACGCGACUCCUGGCCUCGAUGUCCAGGCCAUGGCGAGCCUUGCGAAAGGCGGUGGCCGGCCGGCACAGCGCCCACUGCAAAGGUCUGGCAAGGGCAAACCUGCUCUGACGCCCCUUUGA